ACAGUUUCUCUGCCGGGGUUGUAAUUUGGAAUUCAAAGGCUUCGGCUACUGCUGCAAUUAUUGCCAGUUCGAGCUUGAUCGUAUAUGCGUGUUGUUGGAAACAAACAAAAUGCAAACGCUAACACAUCCUCACCACGAACAUCAAUUGGAACUCUUUGAGAACGUGCCCAACAAGCGUUAUAACUGCGCGGUAUGUCUAGGAUACUGCUCAGAUCCUCUUCCAACCUAUGGUUGCUUGCAAUGUCUCUUAUUUCUCCAUAAAUCAUGUUUUGAUGAGAGGAAGUUUCCACUAGAGAUCCAACACUACUAUCAUCCCCAUCCUCUCACCUUCUCUAUUACAUCACAUCGAACAUUGACACCAUCACCUCAAACAGCUACAAGAUAUCCAGAAUUGACCCUCCCUACAACAUCAUCACCUCCAAAAUCCACUACACCAUCACCUCUAACUUUUACUUGCAAAGCUUGUCACAAAUCGGCUGGGGAAAUUCAUUGGUGUUAUAGCUGUAAACAAUGCCAAGAUUUUGUGAUGGAUAUUGCUUGCGCCACUAUCAAAUCUGAAACUGCAAGUCAAAUUCAGCAUUUCCUCCACGGACAUCCUUUGUCACUUCAUUACAAGGACAUCAACGAUCAACAAGUUGCAUCGUGCCGAGUAUGUAUGAAAAGCUGUACAGGUACUACCUAUGUUUGUGGCAGACGUUCUUCUGACUACUGUAAGAAAAUCCACUUUCAUGAAUCAUGCCUUCAGUUUCAGCAACAGAUCUGCCAUCCCUUCCAUCCAUACCAUCUUCUCACCCUGCUGGAUCAGAGCAAUUCUAAUGGAAGCUGCAAUGCCUGUCGCAAUUCUUCUAAUCCUAUGUCCCAAAUCUUCAACUACAUUUGUGAGAGUCACAAUUGCAGAUUUCUCUUGCACGCUGAAUGCAGUACUGUGAUGGUGCCUGCCAUAACAUACCAAGGGCACGAUCACCUUUUAAGAUUCCGGGACUGGGACAACAAUGUAGAGAAUACUAAACUUAUGUGCAGCGCUUGCAAAUCCAAUAUUUGUGAAUCAUAUGCCUUCACUUGUCUCUAUUGUGAUCUCAAUCUCCAUCUCACCUGUGGUCCCUUACCAUAUAUCAUUAAACACGAAGAUCAUAAUACACAUCCCCUCUUCCUUGCAAAUUCACCGGUCCAAGAGGAAGUGGAAGAUGAGACAGAAGAAUUCUAUUGUCAUGCUUGUGAGGAAGAAAGAGAUCCACAAUUACCCGUUUAUUAUUGUGCAGAAUGCUAUUUUGUUGUUGAAAUCAAAUGCGUCUUCUCUCAGAUAAUAUCAUCGCUAAAUGGAGACUAUGGAGACGUAGAAUUGAGGAGUACUCUUGGACAUUCUGGUAAGUUGAUUUGCAAAAACAAGGCAAAGGAGAUGGUGCAAAAGAAAGAACAUGUCAAGACAACUUUGACCUUUUAUGACAAUUUGAAAUCUUGGAGUAGAGAUGAGAUUGAGCAAUUGAAUAGUGUUUUGAGGGUUGAAAUGAAAAAAGUUAUUGCUAAAGAGGAUGACAAUGAUGAAGAUAGUGAAUUCGAAGCUUUCCUUCAUUCUGAUAAGAAUUACACACAACUCACGAAGGUUAUUGAUCGUAUUGCACCAUUUAUGAGUGUAGAGAAUGUUCAGUGGGCUCCUAAAGAAGAGGUAGCUAGUGUUGGGGAUUACAUGAUUAUCCGAAGGUUGGCUCCCAUCCUUGAGCACUUGCUUUCCAAACACGGGGAUAUUAGUGCUAUGUCCACGUUAAGGCCAAAGGUAAAAAUGUAUUUAUUUAACAUGUUAUGUGAGAGUAUAUAUAGCAUGAUAAACACCAAGAUUGUGGAUGUCACAGAGGAUUUGCUUCUCAAUUGGUGGACAAGGUUGAGGAUAUUACAAUUAGCAGAAUUCAAAAUUCAAUUUGCUUUUGACCAUUUAAGAAGAGUUGUGCAGGCUUACCUUGGUCUUCAUGUUGAAAAAGAAGAAGACGAUGCUCUUGAUAAAAUCGAUAGAGAUAUCUUGGCACUUCAAGAAAAACGCAAGAGCAUAAUUGCAGCAAAAUCAGCAAGAUCCAGCUUUACUAAGGAACGCUCGAGAGAGGCUUCAAUAUUGAAGAAUUGGAAAGCGGGAACCUUAUUCUUAUAUAAUAAGUGAGGUCUUGACUUGAAAGGGAGAUCCGAAGUAGUAGAUUGUGUCAUCCUUUGGAGUGAGGGAAAAGUAGAUAUUGGACACUACCAAAUACUUCAUUAUAUAAUAUUAAUAAAUGAUUGGCAUGCUUGUAAGUUUUUUCUCUUUUAUUGGGCUGCCUAAUUUAUGUGUUGCGAUUUUUAGUGGUACUUAUUAUUGUACUAGAAUGUUUGACCAUUUGAAUUUGUAAGGAGCUUUCGAAUAAGAAAGUCAUUAUUAUGCAUUUGUUACCUCAAUCUUAUCUACAAAUUUCCAUGAAC